GAGAUCAACCUGCUGUGCACACUCACACACACAUACACACACACAGAGGACUCUAGCAGGUACAUUGGUGAAGAUCUCUCCCGGAUACUAAGGGUGAGACUGAGAGUCACAUAGAGACCAACACUGGAGGCGUCACUAUCGGAAACUAAGCAGAGCGCAAAGAGGAACCAAGAUGAACGCUGUCCAAGAGCGCAAGCCCAAGAGGCCCCACUACAUCCCCCGACCGCCGGGCAAGCCCUUCAAGUACCAGUGCUUCCAGUGCCCCUUCACCUGCAACGAGAAGUCUCACCUCUUCAACCACAUGAAAUACGACUUGUGCAAGAACUCCAUCUCCCUGGUCUCCCAGAAAGGCGGAAACGUCGGAAGGCAGGUCAAGCCCUUAGAAAAGGGGGAACUUUGCCCUCUGCCCCCGAACGACGCCCCCUGUCCCCAGCCUGUAGUCCAGAGCCCCAGCCCUCCCCACCAAGAAGACGAGGAACACAAGGAGGCUGAGGAGGAGGAGGAGGAGGAGAAGGAGGAGGAAAUAGAUGUGGAACAUGUCAGCCCAGUCCGACAGGACACUCACAAUGUCCUGAAGCCAAGCAUAGAAACCAAUGAGAACAAAGAAGACAGGCCUUCAGCCUUCUCCACAAUCACGCCCAAUCGGGAUAGCGCAGACGACAUGAAGUCACCUAUCCACCAAUCGGAGGAGCCGCCCAUCCCCGCUCCGUUACCCGACAACCCUGCCUACACAUGGGGCCCGCUGGGACCAUCGCUGCCCUUUAAACCACCCCACCCAGCUCAAAUGCUUCCAGAAUAUUCCCACUACAUGUUCUCAGAGCGGCCCCUGCAUCCUUUCUACUCACACUACUUCCUCCCAGGACACCAUCACCUGAACGGGUCGAACCCCUCUCCCUACCACAGAGACUUCCUGGAGUCCCAGAGGCCAGUGCUGGCUCAACCCCUGGCCCAGCCCCACCCCUCCCUCUACCCCCAGUACCCAUACCGAUACAACCCCACUCUUCACCCUGCACCCUCGGUGCACUACAGCCUGCAACUACUACCCCACGAGCUCCAGAUUCCAGUCCCAGGCUCCAGGUACUUUCCUCUGGACGUGUACCGGUCCGGGCUGGGGCUCCAGGACUAUGACCUUUACUUCCACCAUCGUCUCCACAGUGAGCCCGCUAGCACGGCUGAGAAGGAGGAGGACAGCCAGAGUCAGGCAGGAGACAAGCCCACCAGGUUGAGCCCCAAGGCGGGGUGCGCUGCCUCGGGGUCACCUGACAGACCCGGUCACUCCCAGUUCAGCCAGAGACACACUGAGUUCCCCCACUGUACCAUCCCGAGGGAGAUGCAAGCAGUCAGCCAAUCGGGCGACGCAGGUCCAACCUCGCAACCCAUCGGCGCAGACGCAAGCAGAGAUGAAACCACAAAAAGCUUGCAGCUAAAAACACGCCUGGCAGAAGGGCCACCAGAGCAAAACGCAGAGAUCACAACACCCGUCUCCGAGGUCUGUAAUGACUCUCUAUCUGAACACGGUGAAGACAUAGCCCCCCUGAACCUCUCGACAAGACACCAGGACAAGGAUGUCAGAAAUGACCUCCACGCCAGCAGAGGGAGCUGUCCUGGUCCAGGAACCAUCCAGGAGGACCUGCCACUGAACCUGAGUCUGAGAGCUCCAGCCAGCAGCAGCCCAGACCUCAGUCCCACCCUGGCCGCCCCUGGAGGCCUCCUCCAGCAUCUGUCUGGGAAGGAGCCCUGCGACCAGCAUAGACAGACUGCAGCCCUGGCCCUGUGCCAGUUGGCCGGUGCCAGCUCAACCAACAUCUCCCGUGGCCUCAGUACUGCAGUCAGCCCCCCAGAGUCAGAAAUCUCCACAGAGCCUGUCCGCCCCCCUACCCAGACCACCCCAGCCCUCACACAGAAGGGACAUACGGCCAGGACAGGGCAGGGCCCCAGGGCCAAGCAGGUGAAACGGUCAAGCAGUGAACAGGCCCCGCUUCCCUCAAAGAGGCCAGCCAAGAGGACCAAGGGUAAGGAGGCUGGUCGGGCCUUGAGGAAACGGACUCGCUGCUGAUGACCACCAAGCUCCAGUAGCCACACCUCACCUGCUGGAAGACUCUUCACUACGGGAGAACUUUGGGAAUCAUAAUGAACAAACGUUUACCUAGACCUGAAACAAGGCCAUUUCAAUGUUGUCAUUGAUAUUACACUUAUAGCUAGAUGUGGCCGCAGACUUGGAUGCGAUCUCUGAAUUGUGUUACUGUGCAUGCACUGAAUAGGCAAAGAUAGAAUUAUAUAAUAUCAUUAGGGUUCAUACUCAGAAACUAGGAAAGGAUAAGUUCAUUCAGGUCAUUCAUUGGUAAGCCCUACCCCCACAAAACAAAAUACAUUAUACCACUUAAUUAUAGGUUUGAUCUGUUCAAUUAAAUCACUUCAACAAAGGCACUUUGCAUGCUUCUCAUUUCUGUUAAAGCUAGUUAGUCUGUUGCAGUGAAAGGGUAAAAGAUGCAGAAUAAAUCAAGAAGAAGUCUUAAUGAAGUGAGAAAAAAAAAACGGAUUUGGAAAAGGCACUGUGAGUUUUGAAAUAUUGACACGUGUUUUCAAAAAAUGGGGAUACAAAUGUAGAAUAUUUAAUGGUUUGAAAGUGUGUUUGUACACUAACAAUACUGUAAAGCCUGUGAAUGUCAGGGACACCCUCCAUAUUAUUUCUUCAGUUUUAUCAUGAAGAAGGUGAAAGAUAUUGUGUAAAAAUGAUAUAUUAUUUAAACAUAACAUAUUUUGUAUAUAUUCGGACAGGUGUACCGUUUAUGUGGUGGUGGGAAUGUUGCAAUGUUUAAAUAAUGAAACGAUACCAAAUAAAAGAAAAAAAUACAACUAAAACCCAUGUGUUU